AUGGACUUUCUUGGACUAGAUGGUGCAUUCAUGAAGGGUCCCUACCCUAGUAUGAAUCUAACUACCGUGGGAUUAUAUGGAAACAACUGCACUUACCCAGUGACAUAUGGUGUUGUAGAGUCUGAGAAAUACAGCUCAUGGACAUGGUUUCUAAAAAAUCUUGGUGAUGAUUUGGAUUUGACUACCAAUUCAAACUUCACAUUUAUAACUGAUAUGCAGAAGACUCUAGAGAAGAUCAAAGGUGAAGCUUCAGAGUAUAGGGCUGUGUUUUGUGGAAAUGGGAAGUAUCAGGUUAUAGGUGGUGAAUGUGUGGACCAAUGCAUAGUUGACAUAACACAACAUACAUACUCAUGUAACAAGUGGGAGGUCACUGGCAUACCAUGCAAGCACACAAUUGUAGCUAUAUGGGAUAUGAGGAGAAAUAAUGAGAAUGUUGGGAUACCUAAAACAUGGGUUCACCCAACAUACUGGUUGAAGACAUGGCAAGACAUGUAUGCAUUUAAAAUUGAACCAAUUAAUGGGAGGAUGAUGUGGGCAAAAAGUCCUUGUCCAAUAAAGUUACUACCACCAAAACAUCAUGUGCCUAUUGGUAGGCCAAAAAAGAAAAGAAGAAGACCUGCUACUGAAGAUGAUAGUGCUACAGGGACCAUACCAGUUAGGUGUUCAAAGUGUGGAAAUAUUGGGCAUAAUGGUAGGAGCUCCAAGGGGCAGGCAGUGGGAGGAUUACAAGUCAGUGGUAGUGAUGUGGGACAGAAUGCUGGUGUGGGACAGAACUCAGGAUUGUUCUUGCUCCAUAAGGGACGGAUCACAGCUUUAGCUCCACAAUUGCAUCUAACUGCCAUUUUUGUUGGUUGGAGAAGGGCCAAAGAUUCCACCUUUUUCCGGCUAAGAUCACAGUUUCCGGCCAAACUCUUGCCGCUGAUUGAGAUGGAAUCAGGAACUUGGAGGCUGAUUUUGUCUAUGGUACCACUGCUUUUGUAUUUGCUAUUCAUCGUCUACUUCGAUUAUAACUCUCCAAAGGCUACAACAAGUGGCUGCAGUCUCUUUCCUCAUGAUCAUUUCUGGAUUUCUAGCAAACGCAUUGUGACACCCCAUGAGAUCAUUUCUGGUGCAGUUGAGAUUAAUGGAGGAAGCAUCGUAUCUUUGGUUAAAGAAAAAGAUUGGCAAGGACAAGUCAAGAAUGAACCAGUGAUUGAUUAUGGAGAAGCUGUUUUGAUGCCUGGUUUAAUUGAUGUGCAUGCACAUCUUGAUGAUCCAGGAAGGGCAGAAUGGGAAGGAUUUCCUUCAGGAACCAAGGCUGCUGCUGCUGGUGGGAUAACAACAUUGAUAGAUAUGCCUCUUAAUAGCUUUCCAUCUACCGUUUCUAAGGAAACCUUAAAACUUAAGAAAGAGGCUGCAAAAGGGAGGAUUUAUGUUAAUGUUGGGUUUUGGGGAGGUCUAGUACCCGAAAAUGCAAUUAAUGCAAGUAUUCUAGAAGGUCUCCUAAACGCCGGUGCUCUUGGUCUCAAGUCUUUCAUGUGUCCUUCAGGAAUUAACGACUUCCCCAUGACAGAUGCUACCCAUAUCAAGGAAGGGCUAUCUGUAUUGGCCAAGUACAAGAGACCUUUGCUUGUCCAUGCUGAAAAACAGCAAGAAUUGGAACUGGAAGAUGGUGUUGAUGAUCCGAGAUCCUAUUCUACAUAUCUUAAAACCCGACCCGCCUCAUGGGAAGAGACGGCCAUUAGAGAGUUGCUGACAGUAGCGAAAGACACUAGAGUUGGUGGUCCGGCUGAAGGAGCUCACGUUCACAUUGUUCAUCUCUCCGAUUCACGAUCCUCUCUGGAAUUGAUAAAAGAAGCAAAAAACAAUGGUGAUAGCGUAACUGUUGAAACUUGCCCGCAUUACUUAGCCUUUUCUGCAGAAGAGAUCCCAGAUGGCGAUACUCGUUUCAAGUGCUCACCACCCAUUCGCGAUGCAUCCAACAAAGAAAAUCUCUGGGAGGCUUUAAUGGGCGGAGAUAUCGACAUGUUAAGCUCUGAUCAUUCACCAUCUGCACCGGAGCUUAAACUAUUUGAGGAAGGCGACUUUUUGAGGGCGUGGGGAGGUAUAUCUUCGUUACAGUUUGUACUUCCUGUUACAUGGUCCUAUGGGCUUAGAUAUGGUGUCACUUUGGAGAAAUUAGUUUCAUGGUGGAGUGAGAAGCCUGCUAAACUUGCUGGCCAAGAUCUAAAGGGAGAGAUUGCAAUCGGGAAGCAUGCGGAUAUUGUAGUUUGGGAACCGGAAAAGGAGUUUGACCUUGAUGAAAAUUAUACCGUACAUGUGAAACAUCCGAGCAUAUCGGCAUACAUGGGUUCAAGACUCACCGGAAAAGUUCUGGCAACUUUUGUUAACGGAAACUUAGUGUUUGAUGACGGAAAACACGCUCCCGAUGCAUGCGGUACAACUAUCCUAGCAUGAUUGAUGGUGAAACUUGCCGGGAAAUUUCGAUUUGUGUUCUUUUCGGGAGAGAUUUCUGGCUUUUGCAUUUGUACCAGAGGGUGUAAUGUUGCAUUUUAGGGGAGAUUUUAUAUAAUUCAUGUGUAUACGUAAGUGUGUUGGUUAUAGUUGAAGGUUAGUGCUUUAUAAUGUGCAUUGUGUAGAAACCAGAACACAAAAAUACAAAAUAAUCGAACCGAAAACUUGAUAUUGAUUGAUUGCAAACUGUUUUUGGAAAACUCCAGACCCAAAAAUUGAAUCAUAAGUACGUC